AACCGCCUCCCGCUAUGGGUCUGUCGAGAUGACGGUUGCUAGAACCAGGCACAAGGCGAUGGCUUGAGUAAGAUGGAAAGGAGGCGGUCUGUCAGGAGGCAGAGGAAGUACAAACGUCCCUGGUUCAAGAAGUGCAAGGAGUACGUCAGGCAAUUCAUAGCUUUCCUCUUCAGCAAUGUUGGCAUCAUCAUGCUGGUGGUAGGGUAUACGAUAGCGGGAUCCUUCAUAUUCCAGGCCAUAGAGAGCCAUCAUAUCCUGGAGAUCAAGGGUCAGGUGUGGAGGAAUAGGACAAUCUACGCUCAGAAACUCUACAAUUUGUCCAGGAAGAUGAACGAGGAGGACAUGAAGAGGGAGAUAUUCCACAAGAACGUAAUGAUCGUGCUGGAAGAAUACCAGAAGAUUAUAGUCAAUUUUUCCAGGAGAGGCUACGAUGGCACCGACGACGAGGAUUCGUCAGCCCAGUGGAGCUUCGCCGGUGCCUUCUUAUAUUCUCUUACUGUCAUUACUACAAUCGGCUAUGGUAACAUCUUCCCCCGCACCCCCCAGGGAAAGAUAACCACCAUAGUUUACGCCAUAAUAGGGAUGCCGCUGUUCCUACUGUACCUGUCCAAUAUCGGCGACAUUAUGGCCAGGUCGUUCAAGUGGAUAUACGCCAACUGCUGCCUAUGCAGGUGGUGUCCGGGGGUUGCCAAGAGGAGAGCGGAGAGGCGGAUCAGGAGAGAGCAAAGGCUUAGCUUGGAGUAUGGCAGCGAAGAGAGCGAGCAGUCUAGUGAAACCUGGGAGGUCAGCAUUCCAGUGCCACAGCUUCAGCCCAGGGCCUCCAUAGGCAGCGAGGGCGCCACCAGUUACACUGAGGACGAAGAGUACGACGUCCAAAGCGUGACAGUACCCCUCACGAUAUGCCUACUCAUCAUGGUGGGGUACAUCUGUGGCGGCGCUCUUCUGUUUUGUGAGUGGGAGGAGUACUGGUCGUUCUUGGACGCCUCCUACUUCUGCUUCAUAUCCCUCAGCACCAUAGGCUUCGGCGAUCUGGUACCGGGCGACAAGAUAUACGGCAGGGGCGUUAGCUUCUACAAAGACGUUCUGGAGCUGAGCUUCGUCUUUUGCUCGAUUUACCUCAUGCUUGGAAUGGCCUUGAUCGCCAUGUGUUUCAACCUCAUGCAGGAAGAAGUUAUCCACAAAAUACGGUCGACAAUCCAGACGAUAAAGUACAUUCUGCGAUGUAAUAGAUGACCGCACCCCGAUAAGCGUUUUUCCUCGUGCCGGCCAUCCCCCGCGACCAGGAAAAUGGGAAAUUCGUCACCGUCGUCGCCCAAGCAGUGAGGGAGUCCGCCGACGAGGCCAGAUGGAGGAGGAGAGCACCGAUCCGGGAAAAUCGUCAGGGUUUUAUUCCCGCGAGGCAUGAAGAUAUGGCCACCAAAUUGGACCCAGGAUAGAUUUAGAAC